UAUUAGGUGAUUAAGUAACUACAGAAUGGAUGUAACCAAAGCUAGAGAGGAUUUCUCAACCCACCUGCUGGAACUAGACGAACUUAACAGAACACUCAUUCAACAGAUAUCUGAUUUACAAAGUCGGCUCAAUGAGCAAGAGAAUCAAAAUUUAACGACCAAAGGACUUCUGCUGAAAACUCAGAGCAAACUGAUGAAGACGAGUGAAGAAAAUAGAAAUCGUAUGAAACAAGUUGCACAGUAUAAGAAUAAACUCAGACAGAGUCACGAAAAGACAAUGGAGGCAGAGAAAGGAUGGAUAAAGUUAACGAAGUAUCUGAAGUCGUUUCACAACAACUGCACGUGCCAGUCUAAAGAUAGACCCUUAACCGAACCUUCACCAGUGCAUGUUGAAAUUGGUUCGCCCUCAGCUCCUUCAAAUACAACCACUGUUGAUUCUCCAGACGUAGCCACCAGGGAUAUUUCACCUACUUCCACCAGCCCUAGACAUUAUUCUAAACCUAAACCUGUAAAUUCUAAACUCUUUUUCUGCAGCCCUAAAAGUCCCAAUCUGUCGCACAAACGAAGCUCCGCAAGUUCGAAAGUCUCAAGUUCAGUUAUCAGCCCCUUCUUCAAAACUAGUCCUAAACAGAGGGUGUCUAAAUUGAAAAGGACGAAGCCCACAACGCCCAAGUCUGUCAAAAAGUUGUGUUUGUCCUCAAGUCCCGGCAUGCUGGGAGAUGAGAGUUUGGUGUUAUAUGCAGCUGAUACACAAGUUACUGACGAGGAUAAUGAGUCAUUAAUAAAUAGUGAUAUCAGUCUCGUCUCGGCAAGGACGCCGGUAAAGGACAAUCCUAUUAUUUGUCCGGAUAGCCCUGUCAGUCCUAUCGUAGAUCUAGGUGGCAUGUCUCAGUCAGAUCUUACGGAAAUACCAACAGCUCCCAGUAAGGUUAAUUAUACAGGAAACGAAGGAGCAGUGACACCAACUACAAGCCUGACUAGGGAAACUAGGCAGUUUGGAUUGUUGACAGAAUGGAAAGGCAAUAUUUCAAUAUCAGAAGAGAAAUUAGGGUUCAGUUUACCUGAAAACAUGACUGAUCUUUUACAAGGACCUUUUACAAACACUGACAGAGAAGUAACUCCCGAACCUGAGGAUGACGACUUUAAAAUUAGCUCCAGCUCUAAACCGUCUAAUUCUACCGCAAUACCUACUAAGAGUUACAAGGUGAAGACAGAUUUCAAGUACACGAAAGUGGUUCGGAAGAAAGAAGAGCGCGCUAAGAUGGCGGCAUCUUCCUGCGCAAGCUGCUACCGGUAUUACAAGGCGUCUGGACUAGAUGAUGAGGAGAUUGCUAAACUUAUAGGAGAUGUAUCAAGACACCGGCACCAACACGGUAAUAUAUCCAACACUCCUCCUAGCUUCUGGGACCUCACAAUUAGUCAUGACAUGCCGACAGAGCCAGCUACUCAACGAAAACCUAGGACCAACAGAUAUAGGACACGAAUGGAUAGCUAACUUUUAUUUUAUUUGGAUUUAAAUUAUGAAAUAAAUGACUGAUUGAUGUCAGAUUUGUAGUGAUAACAAGUAGUGAUUUGUGCAGUUUAGAAUAAUUUAGAGUUAGUUUUUCCUGCUGGCGGGUUACAUUUUACUGAUGAUUUCAUUUUAUUUAUGUUUGUUAUAUUUCUUCUACGCCAUUGUUUGUAUAGAUAAAAUAUGAGGAAGUUUGAGGGCUAAUAAAAUAAUAGUGCAUGUGGUCGAGCUAACCGUGGUUCCGUCUCUAGCCAUAACGUACUUCCUGAUGAUGAAACAGCAACUGUCAUCAUGACAGCUUGAGAGUAUAGCCCUCCUUUUUAUCUGCUCUCAAACGUUUCCCGAAAGCUUUUGUUCCGCCGUAAUCAUAAAUAAUUACAAGCUUCAGGAACCCCGGUAUCAGAUAAAAGGUUAUUCAGGUCACCAUGGUGACAGGUAUCUCUCGUUAGUGGGGCGGUUCCUCCUGUCACUUUUCACCGGUACCGUCAACCACAGUCCUUUUAAACUCACCUGACGUUCUUCUGAGUGACUAGCCAACGCAGGGUUGUUGUUGUAUAUUGAAGUUUGAAUUUUGCAUGGUUUGGGCGUCGUGACGUUUCUCAUGCCUUAAUAAUAGUCUCGAUCCGCAUAAAUAUCAUAUUACAUUGCUUUUAG